CCGCGACCCUGCACCAUGUUUCUACAGGGGAGGCCUCUCCGUUUGGCGCAGACCAUGCUGGUCGUGUUUCCCAGCUUUAUGCUCUUCGGCUACAAUCAAGUCAACGUCGGCGGUCUAUUAUCGUUCAAGAACUGGACCCAGACAUUCCCGGAAAUCGAUACUUCGACCACCACAGAGAGCGCGACUUCCUACAGCUCUGUGAUUCAGGGCGUCUACGUGUCUUGCUUCACAUUGGGUGCGCUGGUGGGGGCCCUCUCUUGCUCCGCCAUCGGGGACUGGCUCGGCCGUCGCAAGACCAUCUUCAUCGGGGGUCUUCUCACUCUCAUCGGGGAGAUCAUAUCCUGCACUUCGUUCAGUCUGGCCCAGUUAAUCGUGGGCCGUAUCAUUAUCGGGACGGGCGUGGGCAUUUUGAGCACCAUUGUCCCCGUGUGGCAGUCUGAGUGUUCCCCGGCGAUUAACCGCGGAAAGCAUGUCGUCGUCGAUGGCAUCUUCAUCACCGGUGGUUAUGCGCUGACCACAUGGGUCAACUUCGGGUUCUCCCAGAUUGAGACAUCUUCCGUCUCAUGGCGAAUCCCCUUGGCGAUUCCUUGUGCCUUCUCCCUCGUCCUCGUGACCUCGAUCUUUUUCUUCCCGGAAUCGCCUCGCUGGCUUGUGGGCGUCGGCCGCCGCGAGAAAGCCGCCUGCGCCCUGGGCCAAACCAAAAACCGUGCCGCCGACGACCCGGAAAUCCGACAGGAGGUAGCAGCCAUCGAACUCUCUCUGGAAGAGACUGCGGGCAGCGCCGCUACAGCGCGGGAUAUAUUCACCAUGAAAGACGGCAAGCUCUUCUACCGCUUCAUGCUGUGUAUGGGCCUCCAGUUCUUCAUCCACAUGACAGGCGCGAACGUGAUCUCCACGUACGUGACGACGAUUUUCCAGCAAGACCUGGGGCUUUCGCACGAUCUCUCGCGCAUUCUAGCGGCCUGCGCACUGACGUGGAAGUUCAUGGCUUCCUUCAUCUCGUUCUUCACGAUCGAUCGGUUCGGGCGCCGGAAACUGUUCAUAUUCACGGGGGUCGGUCUGACCUUGUGCAUGAUGGGUCUGGCCAUUACCAACAGCUUCCCGAAUACGAACAAACCUGCGUCGGUGUUCAGUGUGAUUUUUAUCUUCAUGUACAACUUCUUCUUCCCCAUUGGCUUCCUAGGAACGUCCUUCCUCUACUGCACUGAGGUUGCCCCCGUCCGGCUCCGUGUGGCCACGACGUCCAUCUCGACUGCCAAUCAUUGGCUAUGGAAUUUCGUCGUGCAAAUGAUCACGCCGGUCGCGCUCGCCAGUAUUGGGUAUCAGUACUAUAUUGUGUAUACCCUGAUUGCGUUUUGCUUCCCUAUCAUCGCAUUCCUGUUCUACCCUGAGACCAUGGGUCAGAGUCUGGAAAACCUGGAGCAGCUCUUCCAGCGCGAUUUGCCGGUGUUUGAAACAGUGAGGCUGGCCAAUAACAUGGUGAAAUCCCCAGAACUGCUGCACAUGAUUGACGAGGAUGUCAAGGCCAAGGCCAAGGAGAUUGAGGUUGCGGAAAAGCAUGAUGCUUAGGGUGAGUAUAAGAUAGCAGAUGGUGCAAGCAUGUUAAAU